AUGCUGAUGAUGAUGACUGGCCGUGUGCUGCUGGUGUGUGCCCUCUGCGUGCUGUGGUGCGGUGCCUGCGGUGGUGGAUGUUCUGAAACAUCUUCUCCAGGUUCUUCGGUUAAAGCGUCCGACGGGAGCACUCAAAAAGAAGAGGCCGUCGUUGGCGCUGGAGAAGGUGACCAAAACGGUGAACCGGCUGAGCCUCAAGAAAAACCAGCACCAAAAGCGUCAGAAUCACAGGGAGCGGUACCGGGCCCGUCACUGGCACCAAAAUCCGGAGAAGCAUCAGAUCCGGCAAGUAAAACGACGGACAACAACGAUCAAAAUGCACAAGGAGGUAAAAAAGGGGAAAAAGACGAGAAACAAGAACAGGAGGACGAAGAGGAAAACAAUGGUGCGAAUGAAGAGGAAGUGACAAUGAAAGAAAACGCUGUUACCAGCACCACAGAGGUGAUCUCAGCAGGCGGUCAAGAGCAGCGAAUUUUAUCUUCUGGUGCGGCGGGAGCAUCGAAUAAAACAAAACCCAACAGCACAACAACAACUGGAGACGAUGAUCCAGCAGCUGAUGGUGCAGGGACAGCAGAGGGAAAACAAAAUGAAAAUAAAGGUGCCAAUCCGAAAGAAACACCAUUGACGGCGGCAGUCAUGAAAACUACAACGGCGACGACUGGCGACAGUGACAGCAGCACCGCGGUCUCCCACACCACCUCCCCUCUUUUGCUUCUUCUUGUUGUUGCGUGUGCGGCUGCUGCUGCGGUGGUGGCCGCGUGA